AUGGAUUCCAGCGGGCUCAAACGGAAGGACACCACAAAGGGUCCGCCUCUGCGCAUCUUAUCGCUUGACGGAGGAGGCGUGCGCGGUUACUCGAUGUUCCUCAUUCUCCAGGAGGUGAUGCACCGGACCUUUGUCGAGAUUGAAGGGCGAGCGCCGCGCCGGAACGAGAUUCCAAAGCCCUGCGACCACUUCGACCUCAUAGUCGGCACUGGCACCGGCGGCCUGAUUGCGCUGAUGCUCGGCCGAUUGCGCCUCGACAUUGAGACAUGCAAGGAACUCUAUGUCCGGCUAACGCGCAUGGUUUUCGAGACGGACAAGACCAUCGCGGGGAUACCCUAUCGCUCAACAUUGUUCAAGGCGACCAAACUAGAGGAGGCAAUCAUGCAAUGUGUCAGAGAGCACACCGUCUACGAGAGAGAAGGGAACGACUAUUCAGAUGUCAGCAGCGCUGGUGUGUUGAGUCCCGUUUCCCGCACAAGCGCCUCGUACCCGAGGAGGCACUCCAGCAACGCGAGCGUCGUGAGCUUCAGCGCCCGAGGGCCCGGUGCCCAGACUGUCAGGCCCCCGAUAUCGUCUUCCCGCUGGGGUGAUCCGAAUGCUCGUUUAUACGACGAGAGGGAAAACCGGACCAAGACCGCUGUCACGGCCAUGUACAAAGGCAGCACAAAAGGCAAUGCGCCCGCCUUGCUGCGCUCCUACGACUCGAGGCGAGAGCCGGCUCCGGAAUUCGACUGCAAGAUAUGGGAAGCCGGCCGGGCGACGUGUGCGAUCGGUCUCGCUUUCAAGCCGAUCCAGAUUGGGCAAUCCGUGUUUCACGACGACGGCGCGGGAAACUUCAACCCGUCCAUGACGGCACUCGACGAGGCGGUGGUGAAUGAGUGGCCUGGCCGGGAGGUUGGCGUGUUCAUUAGUGUCGGGACGGGAAAGCGACCAAAGGGCAGCGAUUCGAACGCAGCUUUAUGGUACGAGGGGUUCCUGGGUGAGUUUGCCGAGGCGAGGAGGAAGUUGAUUGCAAAGAUUGAGGGCUGCGAACGGAUCCACGAGAUCAUGAAGAAGGAACACUUGGCGAAGCGCGGCGUCAACAUCGAAAACUACUACCGGCUCAACGUGGAGGUCGGCGUUGGAGAAUUCGGCAUGAACGAGUGGCACCGGCUGGCCGAUAUCAGCACCAAAACGCGGCAGUACCUCGCCCAGGAAGAGGAGCAGAAAAUGGUGCAAAGCGCGUCGGCGAAGCUGGCCAAAAUCCACUUUGCAAAGCAGCGGUGGGAGCGCCUCGGCGCAGCAGCGCCAGAGUAUGCCAAGGCCGCGCCCGAAAUCUCGCUCCCGCUCGCGGUCGAGCUGCCAGGGGAUUUCCCCAUAUUUCCUCAACACCAACAACAACAGCACACCCCGCCAGACCGACGCUCGUACGACUCCGGAAGCGACAUGCUCCCCGUGCCACAUCCCAGCACCCCGUCGCCAAGAAGCUCGGUGGGCGAACCGCCACGUUCGUCGCCCAAACCCAACCAGCAGCCUUUCUCACCAGGCGCCGGCGCAGCCAGCCGGCAUAGCAAUAAUAAGCCGUCCGGCGUGACAAUGACGAGCCGGGGUGAAAGGAGUACGGAGGACGCGGACCGGCUCACGGUUAGCGCCCCGACACCGGCGCAGUACCGGACCGCGGCGGGGAGUGAUAAGAUUGCCAUCGUGGGGCCGGAUGAUUACCCCCGACGCAGCUUCCAGCAGGAACAACCACAACAACAAUCCCCGGGAGGGAGCCGCGCGGAACCUCCGCCGCUGCCGCCUAAGACACCGCUUCCUGAGCGCCAGUCGGUGGGGGCGGGGUAUGGUGGUGGUGGUGGUGGUGGUGGUCGGCAGGGGACGACGGGCUCGGGCUCGGUGUUGCCUUAUCCGCUUGACGAUGAUACGCCGCCUGUGGUUAACCUGGCGAAGAAGCCUGUUUACAGGCCUAGGUAG